CAGGGUGCACCCUUUUCAUACACACGUCUUUUUAAAACCUGUGAAUCCAUUUAUUUUACCAUCUGCGAAAGGAAAUGGAAGGUCAAGGUAAAGGAAUGCCUCCCAAGAUCACCACUGAGCUGCUUUGGCAGUUGCGCCAAGCAAUGAAAAACAGCAAGUAUAUCUCGCAGCCUAUACAGGCUUACAUUGUGCCAUCAGGGGAUGCACACCAGAGUGAAUACAUAGCACCGUGUGACUGCAGACGGGAGUUUAUCUCUGGAUUUAAUGGCUCUGCAGGCACUGCUAUUAUCACGGAGAAGCAUGCAGCAAUGUGGACAGACGGGCGCUACUUUCUGCAGGCUGCCCAGCAGAUGGACAAAAACUGGACUCUCAUGAAGAUGGGUUUAAAGGAAACUCCCUCCCAGGAAGAUUGGCUGCUAAGUGUUCUUCCUGAGGGUUCAAAGGUUGGAGUUGAUCCCUGGAUCAUACCUACAGAUCAGUGGAAACACAUGUCUAAAGCCUUGACCAGUGCUGGGCACUCUCUUGUCCCUGUUCAAGAAAACCUAAUUGAUCAAUUUUGGACGGAUCGAUCAGCCCGACCCAUUUCACCCUUAAUAGUUCUGGGACUGAAUUACACAGGCAUGACUUGGCAGGAUAAGAUCACAUCGUUACGGACAAAGAUGGCUGACAGAAAGAUCACCUGGUUUGUUAUCACAGCAUUGGAUGAAAUUGCAUGGCUUUUUAAUCUCCGUGGCGCAGAUAUUGAGUAUAACCCAGUUUUCUUUGCCUAUGCCAUAAUUGGGAGACGCUCCAUCAGGCUUUUCAUAGAUGGAGACCGUAUGGCUGAUCCAGCUGUGAAGGAACAUCUGCAGUUAAACUCCUCCUUUAAGCCUGAGCUCAAAGUCCAAGUUCUCCCAUACAAAUCGAUCUUGACAGAGCUGCAGGGCAUUUGUGGUGGGCUUGGUCCGAAGGAGAAAGUGUGGAUCAGUGACAAAGCCAGCUUUGUGCUGACAGAGGCCAUUCCAAAGAUCCACAGAUCCCCAAUUACAUACACACCCAUAUGCAUCACAAAAGCAGUGAAGAAUGCCACUGAAAUUGAAGGCAUGAGGAGGGCACAUAUCAAAGAUGCGGUUGCGCUCUGUGAACUGUUUGCAUGGUUAGAUAAAGAGGUCCCAAAGGGGACAGUGACAGAAAUAUUAAGUGCUGACAAAGCUGAAGAACUUCGCCGUCAACAGAAAGACUUUGUGGGCUUGAGUUUUCCCACAAUUUCUGCCGUUGGACCGAAUGGAGCUAUCAUUCAUUACAGUCCACUUCCAGAAACCAACCGGACCCUUAGCCUCAAUGAAUUGUACCUGAUAGAUUCUGGAGCUCAGUUCAAGGAUGGAACAACUGAUGUAACCCGGACAAUUCAUUUUGGCACCCCUACAGCUUAUGAAAAGGAAUGCUUCACCUAUGUCCUGAAAGGCUACAUAGCUAUAAACUCUGCAGUUUUUCCCAAUGGAACCAAAGGGCACCUUCUGGACUCAUUUGCCCGCUCUGCUCUCUGGGAGUCUGGACUUGAUUACCUUCAUGGGACGGGACAUGGAGUUGGGUGCUUUCUGAACGUCCACGAGGGCCCCUGUGGAAUCAGCUACAAAACCUUUGCUGAUGAACCUCUUGAGGCAGGAAUGAUUGUCAGCGAUGAACCUGGAUUUUAUGAGGAUGGGUCUUUCGGAAUUCGAAUUGAAAAUGUUGUACUUGUGGUUCCUGCUAAACCGAAGUACAACUACAGGAACCGAGGCAGCCUGACUUUUGAACCACUUACUCUUGUCCCCAUUCAAGUAAAAAUGAUGAAUACUGACAUGUUAACGCAAAAGGAGAGAGACUGGGUGAAUGAGUACCACAAGCAGUGCAGAGAGGUGGUGGGGGCUGAGCUGGAGAGGCAAGGUCGGCAUGCUGCUCUUCAGUGGCUGAUCAGGGAAACUCAGCCCAUUGCAUAACUGCACUGCUCGAUUUAAGAGUUUAAUCUAACAUGGAGCAGUGAAUGGAACAAGGUCCUUUAUCUUAUAAAAAAAGUGACAGUUUAAAAAUCUUGUGACGAUGAUGGCUAAAGUUUCCACAAUUUUUGCUUAUUUUAUAAAAAAAAAAAAAAAUGCAUACAGAUUUAUACGGUUUUGUUGGAGAAAUAUGCACUUUAAGAAAUUAUAGUUUAAAAGAGCAACUGUUCAGUACUGUUUAGUUUGACAUUGCUAGUGUUUGGGUUAAUUUAGUUAGUUAGUAAAAGUCAGUUUGGGUUUAAUAUUAAUUACUGGAGCAGGUAGACAGAUGGUAAGGGGAAAGCUUUUGAAGUGCCCCAAAUGGCAAUUUAAAAGGGACCCUGUGUUUUGCCAGAGAGAACAUUUUGGGGGCUAAAACCUUCGAAAGCUGAAACAAUCUCCUGCCUUCCUUAUCUUUAUAACAUCAGGGUUUCCCGAGUGGAACAUCAAGCAGGCUUUGAUGUUAUAAUCCCUUCAGGUAAUAAAAUGACAGUGGACCCACUUGGUCAGUGAUAUUCUCAUAGGUUGAGGAAUAACGGGUGCUGUCUAAGAGAAGCUGUAUUAAAUCCCCACAUUGUGUUGGCUUGUUGAUUCUGUUUUGACUUGUGCUUAGGGAAAAUGGAAUACCCAACUG